AUGAAAGGACUUUUUACAGUAGAUCAUGCUCUCUCUACCGAAGAAACCGAUGAAUACUUGAGAAAGGCUAAUGCUCAAACAUGGUGGAACUGCCCAGUGGGACAGCUCUCUUCUCAAAGCAAUGUCUAUAAUUCUGACGUACGGAACAAUGCUUAUUUUGCGUUUAAGGACGAGAAGUUGGCCCAAGCAAUGUUCAAGAUUGGUGAAAGCGUAAUGAACGACAUGCUGGAUGGUGCUGGAACUUUUGCAAAAUUUAUUCCUGUUGCUAUUGAUCCGACCUGGAAAUGUUACAGAUACGAGGAGGGUGAGUUCUUUGGUAAGCACAAAGACUCUGGCCGUCGAGUGAAAGAUCUCCAAAGUUUUGUCACUGUGCUCAUUUACUUGAAUGGAAAUGAAGACGAGGAUGAAGAGUUGAAAGGUGGUGAAACAAUAUUUUACGGACCAGGAUGUGAGGAAGGCUUCCGUGUUGUUCCAACCAGAGGAAAAGCUGUGUUCUUUGUUCAUCAAUUAGAUCACGAAUCUGUAGAAGUCACAGAGGGCACCAAGUACGUUUUGAAAUCUGUUGUUUUAUUCAAGAAGAAUGAAAAUUAUGGAACCAAUCACUCACUCAGCUCGUCAAUGGAAACAUUGCCGCAGGAAGAUGUAUUAAUACGAGUUGGAGACGAAGCGUUUCGAUUGACAAGGGACAUGCUGAGCGAUCAUCCUAAUUGUAUUCUAAAUACCAUGCUCACCUCUCUAAUGAAUUAUGGUAUCAAAACAGAUUCUGUUUCUGGUUUAAAACUCUUUGAAUUUCCAGAAAGAAACCCUCAAAUAUUCAAAACCUAUAUCCUUCCAGUGCUGAAUAAUGAGAAACUUCCAGAUACUCUCACAAACCAUACCUUAAAGGACAAGGUCGAUUCUGAAUUUAAAUUUUGGGGCCUUUUAUCUCCCUACGACCCUAUUUUGGCAAUAUCUAAUGAACAUGAUCUUGAUUCAAAAGAACUAUCUUCCAUUUCGCAACUACUAAAGACUGAGCUCGAGGAAACACUUUACAUGAUGGAGUGGAGACUACAAUUUCUAAAGAUUUUAGAGAAGGUAAAAAGGAAGAAAGAACAAUUCUUUAGUCUUCCCUUAUUGUUCCAGAUAGAUUCCAUACUUGAAAUCAUGAACACAUUUGACGACCUAAAAAAGGAAGGAUACAAGUCCUUCUCUAACAAGUGGGAGUUCAAUAAUUGGGUUGCACAACAAAUUGAGCAGCAUUUCUCAUCUAAAUUUGAAGUGGUGCCACUCAAAUAUCACUAUGAUUCUAAUGCCUUUCUUUUUGGACAAGAUCGUCACUUGUAUGAGUUAUGUGAAAAGAUAUUUGGUGAGGCUGUUUCUAUUCGAAAUAUUCCUUUUAUUUACGAAUCUAACUCUAUGGGAUCAAAAUGUGAUAUCGGUUCCUAUCCAAUGAAGUCUGUUUGCUAUGAAAUGGUUGAGCGUUGUCAGAACAGAGAAAACACGUUCAGAUUUAAAAGUUUUUUAAGGAGGCAAUUGAACGAUGGAAAAAUCACUACUAUAAGCGAAAUUUUGAAUCGUUUUGAAGGGGUAUGCAUCCAGAUGCAAUACAAAGAUUUACUGGUUCACGGAAGACAUGAGAAGAGCUGGAAAGGAGAGUACAAUGACGAAUAUCAUCCAAACUACUCGUUAUUUGUUUUGAGUGCAAUAGUAAUUGAUGUGUCCAAAAUUGUAAUCUCUGACCAUUGA